CACAUGAGGUUUUAUCUGAAAAUGCACUGGCUGUAUGUGAAGAUCAUUUCAUCUGUUCUGCUUUUCUCAUGUGGAGAUGCACUCCCAGAACCUUGUGACAGUCAGAUCUACUGUACUGGACAAAUCCUCAAACAGAUUCAGAUGGCUCAGCUGUUUGAUGAUGACAAGCACUUUGUUGAUAUGAAGUUGACCGCUCAUCCUGAGGUCGUUGUGGAAGCUUUUGAGAAUCUGACCUCUGGGUUCCCAAACAAGACUGUCCCAUCCUCGGAGCUAAUAAAGUUCCUCAAUGUAUACUUUGAAGAGCCGGGUAAAGAGUUUGAGAUGUGGACUCCUCCGGAUUGGCAUUCUAACCCAAAAUUCUUGUCCAACAUUUCUGAUCCGAAAUAUCGUCGCUGGGCUGAAGAACUGCAUCGUUUGUGGAAGUCAUUAGGUCGAAAGAUCCGUGAUGAUGUCAGAGACCACCCCGAGCUGUACUCGCAAAUUUACACCCCACAUCCAGUCGUUGUGCCAGGUGGACGCUUCAGAGAACUUUACUACUGGGACUCGUAUUGGAUUAUAAACGGUCUUCUUUUGUCAGAAAUGACUGAAACGGCUCGAGGAAUGAUUCUGAACUUCAUGUUCCUGGUGGAAAGGUACGGCUUUGUCCCCAACGGAGGCCGAAUUUAUUAUGAGAGGCGCAGUCAACCUCCAUUUCUAUCCUUAAUGGUGGAAAGCUUCUUUGAGGUCACUGAAGAUAAAGACUUCCUCAGGAGGGUUUUGCCGGUGCUGGAGAAGGAGUACAGCUUCUGGAUGCAGAAUCGCUCUCAUGCUGUAGUGACGAAUGGAGCGACACACAUUUUGAAUAGAUAUAAUGUACAAGUGGCAGGGCCCAGGCCUGAGUCCUACAGUGAUGAUGUAGAACUGGCCGAGGGUCUGUCAACAGAGGCUCAGCAGAAACUCUGGGCAGAACUAAAAGCCGGAGCGGAGUCGGGCUGGGAUUUCUCUACACGCUGGUACAUAGACAGUCUGAACAUGAAUAGCGGCACCCUGCGUGACACACAGACCAGCUCCAUCCUGCCUGCUGACCUCAAUGCCAUCAUGUGCCGCAAUGAGCGACUGCUGGCCUCCUUCCACAGGACCCUGGGUAAUGAGCAGAAGGCAGUAGAAUACGAUCAGGCGCUUUCUGCCAGGAUUCAAGCGCUUGAAAGUUUACUGUGGGAUCCAAAGAGAAAAGCCUGGUUCGAUUUCAGCCUGGUGACCCAGUCCCGACACGCAUCCUUCUACCCGUCUAACAUGGCACCUCUGUGGGCACGCUGUUACUCUAAACCUGAGAUGGGAGAUCAGGCCGUGCAGUACCUUAAGGGAAGUGGUGUUCUGGAUUAUCCGAAUGGGGUCCCCACAUCUUUGAGUGCGAGCGGGCAGCAGUGGGACAUGCCUAAUGCUUGGCCUCCUCUUCAACACAUGAUAAUAGAAGGGCUGUCCGGCCUCGACUCCGCCCUCGCUAAAGAGCUCGCCUUUGAUUUGACCCAACGGUGGAUUCAGACCAACUGGCUGGCUUACGUCAACUAUGACGCCAUGUAUGAGAAGUACGAUGUCACCGGUGAUGGAAAGCCCGGAGGAGGUGGCGAAUAUGAAGUUCAGUUGGGAUUUGGAUGGACCAAUGGUGUCGCUCUUCAGCUGCUGAACCAGUAUGGUGAUAGGCUGAGCUCUGGAGGGCGUGUCCUGAGUGCUGGGGUUCUGAUUGGGCUCACCUAUCCCACCUUGAAAACUCUGUUCUGAAAAGCUCGGCUUCUGUUCAGUUGUGUGAGAAGGCUGAAAGCAGUGAGAACUUGGGAGAAUCAUCUCAAUUAAACAGCUGAAGCUAGGGUGACCACCCGUCCCUCUUUGCCUUAUUUAAAGGGCUGUCAACGUUAAUGCCUUAGAUGCUGCGUUAAUCUGCAAAAAAUGAAUCUGUUUAUUUUGUCAUCCUUUGUCUAGCCUUACAUUAUAUAAUCACGCUCUUAUUUAUGUGAAGGCCUUUUAACCAUUUAUGCGUGAUUUGAAACGGUUGCUUUGACGCGUUCAGUAUAGAUAGACAGUUUCUAGCUGUGGGACGCGGUCCUGUCUGGUGUAUACAGUCACGAGCUAAAGGCUACGUCAGUGAAUCUCUGUCAGACAGCACAGCACCCGUAUUAAUUUCUCUUUCAUGCUUGAAUGAACAACAACACACAAGAUUAUGUCCGAAAGCCUGUUUUGUCUAGCAUUUUCGUAAACACAGUGUUUUAACGUGUUAAAUAAAAUCCUAAAUUAAUGACAUUUUCACAACUCCUUGCAUUUAUGUUAAUCAAAGAUCAAAAGAAAAGAGGAAUUUAUUGCGUUUUGUAGCUUUAAUGCUAAAUUCUAAAUUAAAUACAGAAUUAAAGACUGUAAUGUGUUUGAGAACUUAAUUCAAUUUCUCAAUUUCCUCCCGUUAGACACACGAGAGCUCCCAAUUACGCUGUACUACAAUGUUGAACGGACAUAAUUAAUGUUAAAAUAAAGAAGAAAAAAUCUAUUUGAUGGAGACGUUCGUUACUAAUUAGUUACAUUAGUACUAAUACCAGAAUGAUGUCGUCAAAGAAAUCUGUUGUUUCUGCAUUUAUUUGGAGAUUAAAUGUGAAAUAAGUAUAUUUAAAAAGAUUAAUGUUAUGUGUGAUCAAUCGGAUACAUUUUUUUUAAUCGAUAUACACACACACAAAGUUAUUUUUACGAGCUAAAAGGUAGUUAAGAAUAUAUACAAAUGUUUUGAUUCUGUUAAUAUAUUACAGUUUUAUGCUACCUUUCAGUGGUGGUCACCCUAGCUGAAGCAGAAAUAACAGAAUCAAUGUUCAAUCUUCAUACUGUUGGUCACGUUUCGCCUUAAAUCUGUGAAGAGAGAGUGGAAUGUGGCACAUUUAGGACUUGUGACAUUUUUAUCACAAUAAUUAGACUUUGGAGCUGCAACAUUAUUUUUGUUUUAACUGUUUUCCUCCCAAACAUGUUAAGGGUUCUAAAAUGGGUUGAAUUUUUUAUGCAAAAUAUUUUUCUUUUGGCAGUGAAAUCUAACCUGAAACGCUUUUCCAUUGGAUUUAACCAGAUGUAUAAUUUUAAUAAAGCAGCUUGGAAAAAAACGCAUGCACCUGAAAAUCCAGUGGAGAAUUGUAGACGACAUGUUAUUUUUUUCCAAGUUCAUUGUCUUAGGUGAUAAUUAAUCUCUGGCAGUGCCGGGAUCAGAAGAUUAUUGUCGUGACUAAAACUGAGCUGACAUUACAAAUGCUAAUUUGCUUUAAUCCAAUUAGAGGGUUUAUUGCCGAUCAGAACUUUGUUCAUGCUGUGUGCGAGGAACAGAACAUCAUUAAAAGUGUUGCACAGUGUCUGUGCAGCUAUAUAUGACUGAGCAAAUGUCUUGGUGGUAUUUGAAUGUAUGUGACUGUAUAUAAGUGUGCGUGUUGACAUUUGCUUUCAUUUGAAGUCUCGAGGCUUUAUUGCUACCUUUCCAGCAAAUGUGUUUGAAGGUCAGGGUGGCCAAGUCUGAAGAAUGACCAGCAUUUCAGAUUUUUAUCAAGAAAAGUAUUUCCCAGAAGGCCAGAGGAACGAAAGAGUCAAGAUGAAGUGAUUAUGGUUCUGCAGGGGUUGCUCAUCGAUAUAUAUAUCUUUAUUUCUCUCAUUACCCGUUUAUACUCCACCACUUGAAACCACACAAAUAGUUUGAUUAACCGGGAGGCGCCACAGCUGUCUGAAAGGUUGGCCGUCUGUAUGGCUGCAGGAUUGGGAUAGGUCAGGACUAGGCCUUAGUUAAAUGGGGACAUUAACGUACACGCUACAAACAUGCCUUACCAACCAACAUUAAUAGUGUGCAUCUUGACACAAAAUUUGCACCAAUGUUAGGGUUAGGUCAGUACCAAUACGUAUAUACGUACAGUACGUAUGUACAGUAUAUAAGUUAAAAUCUUCCAAAAGGAGCAAUAAAUUCGUAUAAAUGCAUGCAUGAAAGUGUUAGUCUCUGAAAACAUUGUGCUGUUGAGUAUCUGAUUU